AUGCUGAGGAAGUUAAUACGGCGGAGACUUCUUUUUGGUCCCGCCAAAUGCUUCUUGCUGGUGCUCGUUUUGUCCCUGGUUGCCUUCUCGGUCCUAAGGGUCCACCAGAACCUGGAAUUUGUAAGCAUUAGACACCUGGAAUUGGUGGAAGACAAUCCUAGUCAACAUAUUAAUUGCACUAAAGUGUUGCAGGGUGAUGUCGAAGAAAUCCAGAAGGCAAAACUCGAGAUGGUGACUGUGCAGUUCAGGAAACGCCCGCGCUGGAGCCCGGAUGACUACAUCAACAUGACCAGGGACUGCACGUCUUUCAUCAAGAGACGCAAAUACAUCACGCAGCCGCUUAGCAAAGAGGAGGCAGAGUUUCCCAUCGCUUAUUCCAUCGUCGUUCAUCACAAAAUCGAAAUGCUGGACAGGCUCCUGAGGGCCAUCUACAUGCCUCAGAACUUCUACUGCAUUCACGUCGACAGGAAGUCAGAGGAAUCCUUCUUGGCUGCGGUCAGGGGCCUCGCGUCCUGUUUCACGAACGUCUUCGUGGCCAGUCAGCUGGAGACCGUGGUGUAUGCCUCAUGGAGUCGCGUCCAGGCAGACCUCAACUGCAUGAAGGACCUCUAUGGCCUGAGUGCGGACUGGAAGUACUUGAUCAACCUUUGCGGGAUGGAUUUCCCUAUCAAAACCAACCUGGAGAUAGUCAGAAAGCUCAAGUCGUUAAUGGGCGAGAACAACCUGGAAACGGAGAGGAUGCCGCCCAAUAAGGAAGAAAGGUGGAGAAAGCAUCACGCCAUUGUGAACGGGAGGCUUAUAAACACGGGCACGGUCAAGGAGCAGCCUCCCCUCCCCAUCCCUCUCUUCUCGGGCAGUGCCUACUUUGUGGUCAGGAGGGAGUAUGUGGGUUACGUGCUGGAGAAUGAAAACAUCCAAAAGUUUAUGGAGUGGGCGCAGGACACCUACAGCCCGGACGAGUAUCUCUGGGCCACCAUCCAAAGGAUCCCGGAAGUGCCAGGCUCUGUAUCGUUAAGUCAGAAGUACGACUUGUCUGACAUGCAGGCGGUCGCGAGGUUUGUCAAGUGGCAGUACUUUGAAGGUGACGUGUCCAAGGGCGCGCCCUACCCACCCUGCCACGGUGUCCACGUGCGCUCUGUGUGCGUGUUUGGGGCUGGCGACUUGAAUUGGAUGCUGCGGAAACACCACUUGUUUGCCAACAAGUUUGACACGGAUGUUGACCUCUUUGCCAUCCAGUGCCUGGAUGAGCACCUGCGGCAUAAAGCCCUGGAGACCUUAAAACACUGAGCAAUGCAGGUGAUUGUAGGGAUGCUAACAAGGAUGUGUAAAAUGUAUGCCAUGUGC